AUGCUUUCCAACUUUGGAAUUUUUUUGUUCCCACCUGUUGUACUCCUGAUGGUAACCCUCAACUUCCUGCUGCUGGGCGCAGGCGACGGGAGUCAUUCUCUCCUCCUCCUCCUCUGUGGUGUUUGCCGCACGGCUGUGCUGGUGUUGACCCCUCCCCACCCUUCCUUUCCCUCCUUGCCUUCUCGUGCGGGACCGCACCCCUCGCCAGCCGCAGGCGGCAGCACACACGCACACACGCAGAGACACAGCGAGGGGCACAGCGGGCAUGGCACGGCGAUGCUCCACGGCGACGCAGACGGCUGCGGCGCCCGUUCGGUGCCUGGCCGCGGCGCAGUGGCGCGAGAGGGCGUCCGCUCCGCGCUGCAGCGGCUUCUCCGCCACACCCUGACGCUGCUUGGGGCCCUCAGCAGCGGUGUGGGCGGUGUUCGGGACGCAGCCCGCCUGAGGUGCAGCGGCAGUGCCCCGCGCCUGGGAGGGGCCCAAGGAAGAGCGGCGCAGGUCGCCGAGGCAACCGUGAGAGCCCGCGCCGCCGUGCAGCUGCUGGAUCGUGGGGGCGUCGCGCCGCACCUGCGCGUGGCGGGCGGGGCGCUCGCAAGUGCGACCGAGCUGCUGGACCGCCUGCAGCGUGAGAAUGGCUGGCGCGUGUAG